AACACUCUCUUCCUCUCCACGCGGUGGAACUGACCGGUCGGCCUGAGUUGCUUGUCCUGAAAGAUGCCGGGGAAACUCCUUAGUGACGUGGAUUUGGAUUCAGACACGGCCAUGGAAAAAGUGGAGACACCGCGAAAGCAGAAUGCGAAGAAAGGUAGAAAAGAGAAGCCAAAGCCAAAUUCUAGUAAGACUGAAGAGGCAACAGAAGUAAAGGAAGAAACUAUUUCCCUCAAAGCUAAAAAAAUUAAAAAGAAAGCUGAGUCUUCUGAGGUUGACAUGAAUUCUCCUAAAUCCAAAAAGGCAAAAAAGAAAGACGAGCCAUCUCAGGAUGACAUUAUUUCUCCUAAAACCAAAAGUGUGAAGAAACCAAAGGAAUCCUUUGAAAAGAAAGUCGUUUCUCCUAAAACCAACAAAGUGAUAAAAAGUGAGGAGCCUUCUGAAGAAGAAAUAGGUGCUCCUAAACCAAAGAAGAUGAAAAAAGAAAAGGAAAUGAAUGGAGACAUUGGAGAGAAAAGCUCCAAAUUAAAGAAUGGGUUACCUCAUUCUGGACCUGCCUCUAACUCCAGUGAAGAAAGUAACAGUGAAUUAGAGCAGGAAAUACCUGUGGAACAAAAAGAAGGAGCUUUCUCUAAUUUUCCCAUAUCUGAAGGGACCAUUAAACUUCUCAAAGGCCGUGGGGUGAACUUCCUGUUUCCGAUACAAGCAAAGACAUUUCACCAUGUUUAUAGUGGAAAGGACUUAAUUGCACAGGCGCGAACAGGAACUGGGAAGACCUUCUCCUUUGCCAUCCCUUUGAUUGAGAAACUUCAGGGAGAACUACAAGACCGGAAAAGAGGCCGUGCGCCUCAGGUACUGGUUCUUGCACCCACGAGGGAGUUGGCAAAUCAAGUGAGCAGAGACUUCAGUGACAUCACAAGAAAGCUGGCAGUGGCUUGUUUCUAUGGUGGAACUCCCUAUGGAGGUCAAAUUGAACGCAUGCGGAAUGGGAUUGAUAUCCUGGUUGGGACCCCAGGUCGUAUCAAAGACCACCUGCAGAAUGGCAAGCUAGAUCUCACCAAACUUAAACAUGUUGUCCUGGAUGAAGUUGACCAGAUGUUAGAUAUGGGGUUUGCUGAUCAAGUGGAAGAGAUUUUAAGUGUGGCAUACAAGAAAGAUUCGGAAGACAAUCCCCAGACAUUGCUUUUUUCUGCAACUUGCCCUCAUUGGGUAUAUAAUGUUGCUAAGAAAUACAUGAAAUCUACAUAUGAACAGGUGGAUCUGAUUGGUAAAAAGACUCAGAAAACGGCAAUAACUGUGGAGCACCUGGCUAUCAAGUGCCACUGGACUCAGAGGGCAGCAGUUAUAGGGGAUGUGAUCCGAGUAUAUAGUGGUUUUCACGGGCGCACUAUCAUCUUCUGCGAAACCAAGAAAGAAGCCCAGGAGUUGUCACAGAAUGUUUCUAUAAAGCAGGAUGCCCAGUCAUUACAUGGAGAUAUUCCUCAGAAGCAGAGAGAAAUCACUCUGAAAGGUUUUAGAAAUGGUGAUUUUGGAGUUUUGGUUGCGACCAAUGUUGCUGCUCGUGGGUUAGACAUCCCUGAAGUUGAUCUGGUUGUACAGAGUUCUCCACCAAAGGAUGUGGAAUCCUACAUUCAUCGCUCUGGGAGGACGGGUAGAGCUGGAAGGACGGGGAUUUGCAUCUGCUUUUAUCAGCACAAGGAGGAAUAUCAGUUAGCACAAGUGGAGCAAAAAGCGGGAAUUAAAUUUAAACGAAUAGGUGUUCCUUCUGCAACGGAGAUAAUAAAAGCUUCCAGCAAAGAUGCCAUCAGGCUUUUGGAUUCUGUGCCUCCCACUGCCAUUGGUCACUUCAAGCAGUCAGCUGAGAAACUGAUAGAGGAGAAGGGAGCCGUGGAAGCACUGGCAGCAGCACUGGCGCAUAUUUCAGGGGCCACAUCAGUAGACCAGCGCUCUUUGAUGAACUCAGAUGCGGGCUUUGUGACCAUGAUCUUACGAUGCUCAAUUGAAAUGCCAAACAUUAGUUAUGCUUGGAAAGAACUUAAAGAGCAGCUGGGUGAGGAAAUUGAUUCCAAAGUGAAGGGAAUGGUUUUUCUCAAAGGAAAGCAGGGGGUUUGCUUUGAUGUCCCUACUGCAGCAGUAACAGAAAUACAGGAGAAAUGGCACGAUUCACGUCGCUGGCAGCUGUCUGUGGCCACGGAGCAGCCAGAGCUAGAAGGACCACGGGAAGGAUAUCGAGGCUUCAGGGGACAGCGGGAAGGCAGUCGAGGCUUCCGGGGACAGCGAGAAGGAAACAGAAGCUUCAGAGGGCAGCGGGAAGGAAAUCGAAGCUUCAGAGGACAACGAUCAGGAGGUGGCAACAAGAGUAGCAGAUUCCAAAACAGAGGCCAGAAGCGGAGUUUCAGUAAAGCAUUCGGGCAGUAAUUUGAAAUAGAGGAUUCAUAUGGCAACAUGGAACUGAGCGCUGAUUUUCCUGUGAAGUUAAAAGUACAUGUGUUUCCUUCCUGACCACUUGCCUUGUCCCCGUCUCUUCCAGAGACAUGAUCUUCAUGGAAAUUAGUUCCAUCUGAUGAUCAUCACUUGUAACUAUUGCUAUUUCUGUAUCAGGUUUCUCUUUUGAAAAAGAUAAAUGAAUUCAUAAUAUUUUUAUUCUGAUGCAUUGUCUGUAGGUUAUUAGACAAAGUCAAGCAUGUAUUUGCCUGUACUUUUUAAAUUGUGCUGUCUCUUUACUUAAAUAGUGUCCUUCCCUGAAUACCUGUGGGGGAUGCAGCAGUCUCUGGAGAGGCACUCUGCACAGUCAAGGCUUAGCCCUGUAAUUGGCAUUCUUCAGCCACCUGCCUAACGGUGACUCACGUGGUCCUGUAACAUGUCCUCUGAGAAAGAGUACUGAGCAGUGUUUUGAAGCAAGAUUUCAAACUUUGCUGGGACGUAAUACAUUUUAUGUCAGUAUGUGCUCUAGAUUUGAAGAAUGGUGAUACAGUCGAUGGGAGACAUGUAGAGUAGCCAACGUUAUGUGCAUUUGGUACAUUUUUAACUUUUCAAUCUAAGUUGAAUUCAUUCUUCAGGAAUUCUUCACAGAUUUUAUCUAUUUAUGUAUAUAUAAAGAAAUAUUUUAAUAAAAAGCAAGUGUCUUUAAGGAAUUCCAAAUGUAUAAGAUGGCCCCAUAGCUUUCUUUGUAAGUAAGGAGGCUGAGUAAGAAGUGCUUGAUGAUAAUGUACUCCAUUUCCUAUUGGAAGAGUAACAUUAUUUACCAAGAAGGAAUUAAGAGGGUGGGGGACAGAGAUUUGCAUCCCUGACAAGAGUCAGGAAAUCCACUGAAGAUAUUUGUUACACGUGAGAAAGAAACAUUCGUCUCUGUUGAGGGUGAAGAAAGGAACAAAUGAAAAUACAUGAAAAGCAUUCUUUUCAUAGUAAACAACAGGUCAUUACUGUUUCUAGAGACUUGUAAUGGGUAAACUGGAGUUUUCGGUAGAAAGAUCCAAUGUGGUUUCUCAGAGGCUUAGUUCCUGUGGCCACAGUAUAGGAUCUAUUUGUUAGACCAUUGAAAGGUUUUAGCUGCUUAGAGACUUCCUUUUAAGAUAAUCUGUAUAUGGUUAUUUUUAGUUGUUGCUUUGAGGGAACUGACAAACUUACUAUAGCCCUGCCAAGUAACUCUCUUGAGUUCUUAAAUACUACUUCUCUGGGAAACUUUCUGCAUGGUGCAGGAGCUUAAGAUGGCAUUGUUUUCUUGCCUUAAUUCCUAGAAAUUCUGAACUGGGACUCUCAGGGAAUAAAUUCUGAUAGGAGAAGUUAAAAUACAUGGCCUGUCUUGUUUUCAUUUGAUUAUUUUUGAACAACUGAAGUCUUUCUAAGCCCUGGUUUCUUUGCUCCAUCAGGUCUCUAUAUCUAACUGCCUUUUACUCUAUCACCUUGUAGUAAGGGGUUCAGAUAGCCAGCCAACUCUGAGAUGCUUGAGGCAAUGUGUCCUUUCUCUGUUUGGACUUCAGUUCUGUCCUUCAGUCCUAACUGGAUGUUUCUCUGUUCUCAGCAAUUCUCUUGGCUUUUAUUUCUUGAUCCUCUUGUCAAUUUUACCAUCUUCCUCCCACUCCUCAUGGCUUCCCAUCAAGCCACAAGGGAUUCAGGAGAAGGUGUUUGAUGACAGACGACUCCUGUGCCUUGUAGAUUGUAACUUAUUAGAUUUCAGUUUUGCUCACAUGCUGAGCAUAUUUUAAUAUCAACCAAAAAUAUCAAUCAAGCACAUUGAAAGGACACACUACCUGUCCUUUAGGGAAGAGCAGUUAAAAUCUUGAUGUGAUUAGCCUACAGAAAAAUAAUCAAGCAUAAAUCAGGAGUAAGGGGGAAGAUUAGUUGGAAUUUCACUUGACACAACUUAAUUUUAAGGAAAACAUGGCUGUUUCAAUACAUGAAGCUAAAGUUUCUCCUGAAUCCCAGAAUUUAAACCAUCUUUAUAAAUAUAUAAUCCAGCCAUUUGAUUUAAAUGGGCUUGUUAGGCUAGCCUGGGAAGUGUUACGGUUUUUACUAUUUUCUACAGAGAAAAUAUUUUCCAAUGUAUCAAACUCACUGAACUUUUAAAAUACAAUCCAUUUUUACAUUGGAGUUAUCUGUGCAGCAGUUUCUUUACAAUUGUACAUAAAAUACCUUUUCUGUAAAAUUGAGUUAAUGUAUAAAAUACUGCUUUAUGCCAGAAUAAAGAUAUUAGUAUUUACUAUU